GCCUGUCUGUGUCAGACAGCGUGUGUGUGUGUGUGUGUGGUUGAGACUGUGUGUUUUGUUCCUCAGACGUCUGAGACAUGGCGUGUCUGCUGCGCUGCAUGACGUGCUGCUCUGUGCAGCGGCUGGGGAGACGAUUCUUCCAGACCUUCCCUGUUCUGUAUGAUCAACAGGCUCUUAAAGGUGUGCGAUAUAAAGACGUGCUGGUGGGCGUUCCUAAGGAGAUCUAUCAGAAUGAGCGGCGGGUGGCCGUGUCGCCCGCGGGUGUGGAGAUGCUGGUCAAACAGGGCUUCAGGGUGCAGGUGGAAUCCAGCGCCGGACGCGAAGCUAAGUUCUCUGACGAUCAGUACCGGGCCGCCGGAGCCCAGAUCACCGACACCAAGGGAGCGUUUGGAUCAGAUCUGGUCCUGAAGGUGAGAAUCGUGUCUGUUUAA